CUUGGAUUUUAAUACCAUUCCGAAUGUUCGUUACGUUCUUCUGGCCAUAUAGCCCUGGCUCAUUCUGAUUUUCAUGCCACGAUCCACAUCAAUCAUCGGGAUAUAGUUUUUGGCUUUGAAUUAUUGAGAGGCUGGCUUUUAACUAGUGGCUUGACCUGGCGUGGAUCUCGUGGAUUUCUGGAUCUACUAUAUGGUGGAUAUGGCAAGCAGUGGAACCACAUUUGUGAAAACACAAAGGAUACAGGGCUUUUCUACCGUUCUCACAUCUGCAGCUUGUGAGUGGUUUUUGCUAUUUCUUCUUCUUUUCAAUGCCGUUAUAUCAUAUCUGUCGACGAAAUUUGCAAGAUACUGCGAUCUGCAAACCCCUUGUGUGUUGUGCUCCAGAAUUGAUCAUGUCAUAAGUGGUGAAAAGCAGAAACUAGAAUGGCAUCAAAAUCUACUUUGCGGCGAUCAUAGAUCACAAAUAUCAUCUCUGGUAUCAUGCCAUAUUCAUGAUAAGGUUUCAGAUGGUCAUGGGAUGUGUGAUGAUUGCCUCAUGUCGUUGGCCCCUGACGAUAAAACCCACUCCAAAACUCAUAGGCUAUUGCUGGGUAAACUGGGAACAGCUCUUGGUAAUCAUGGAUCUCAAAGUUCAUUGCCCACCAGAGAUAUGUUUGCCACUUCUUUGGGCUUAAAGCCAUGUAGCUGUUGUGGUAAGUUUUGGAACUCAAUGCAGAGUUCUCAAAGAUCGCUCCUGCUGAAAUCUCCCAGGAUAACUGUUUUCAAGCCAGACUUUCAUUUGCCAGAUAUAUACAGGAAAAACUGCCGAAACCACCACAACAGCAACCUCAAGAAGAUAUGCGAUAAACCUUCUUGCUUAGGAAGGUGCAUUUCUGAUUCGAUGUCCAAUUAUGCCGAAUACACCGAGGUGAAACUCGCCUCUGAUUCUGAAUCUGAGGUCGCCUUUUCUGACGAUGAAGAUAUUGGUAGUCGAAAUCAUGAACACAUUGAAGCUAGGAACAAUCUCAUGCCCCAAUUUACAGCAGCAGCUCCAUCAAAAUGCCUUCCAAGUGAUUCAAAUCCUACAAGGCCACACGGUGUUUCCUUUGAAACUGAGCCUUUGAUUUUAUUUCCAUGUGUGAAGCCGAACGUCAGCAGUGGCUCUGAUGUCAACUCCACGGUUUCUGAUGCUGUUAAUGACUAUGGUUUUGGAGAAAUUAAAUGGCAACAGCCCAAUCAAGAGUCGUUGACUUCCGAACUACCUGAGCUCAUUUCACUAAAUGAGGUUUCACCGUCAUCUGAUGUUGUGGGUGCUUCUAGCCAAGAUCCAGAAGGGAGUAAGAUUACUUGUCGUUCUCAGAAUUCUCUCCCUGCUGCACUGUCUGAGCUUGUAACUUCGGAUACUACUCAUUCAAUGGCUGGCACAUCACAAAAGAGUGAUGCUGAUGAUACACAAGCAAUAUUGAGGAAACCUUAG